AACAUGCCAAACGUUCGCGAUCAUGACGCCUCGGUGUAUCUCCGUCUCCAAGGCGAUGCCCUUUCCGUGGGUGGAUAUGAGUCAAACCCCAUCUUCUGGGAGGAGGUAUCGGAAAAGUUUGCUUUUGGCCUCUUUGAUCUGGACUGGGAUGUUUUCAUGCAACACAUCGAAGGUGCCAUCAACAGAGUACCGGUGCUGGAGAAAACAGGCAUUAAAUCCACCGUCUGCGGGCCAGAGUCGUUCACGGCUGACCACAAGCCACUCAUGGGGGAAGCUCCAGAGGUCCGAGGCUUCUUCCUUGGCUGUGGCUUCAACAGCGCCGGGAUGAUGCUGGGAGGCGGCUGCGGGAGGGAGCUGGCCCACUGGAUCAUCCACGGGCGGCCGGAGAAGGACAUGUACGGCUAUGACAUCAGGAGGUUUCACCACUCCCUCACCGACAACAACCGCUGGAUCCGGGAGCGGAGCCACGAGUCCUACGCCAAGAACUACUCCGUUGUCUUCCCCCACGACGAGCCGCUGGCGGGGCGCAACGUGAGGAAGGACCCCCUGCACGAGGAGCUGCUGCGACAGGGCUGUGUUUUCCAGGAGCGGCAUGGCUGGGAGAGGCCCGGCUGGUUCAGCCCCGGGGGAGCAGACCCUGUCCUGGAUUACGACUACUACGGCGCGUACGGCCAGGAGCGCCACAGGGAUUACACCUACAACCGGCUGCUGGGGGACGAGUACACCUUUGACUUCCCCCCCCACCAUGAUAUCAUCAAGAAUGAAUGCUUAACGUGCAGAAAUGCCCUGGCGCUCUUCGACAUGUCUUAUUUUGGGAAAUUCUACCUGGUUGGUCCUGAAGCAACCAAAGCAGCGAACUGGCUGUUUACUGCCGACGUGAGCAAAGCACCAGGCUCGACCGUGUACACCUGCAUGUUGAACAAGCGGGGCGGCGUGGAGAGCGACCUGACUGUCAGCCGGAUCAGCCCCGGGGACCCGGCCUCCCCCCUGGCCCCCACCUUCGAAGGGGACGGCUACUACCUGGCUAUCGGCGGGGCCGUGGCUCAGCACAACUGGUCGCACAUCACCACCGUGCUGCAGGACAUGAAGCUCCAGUGCAAACUCCUCGACUGCUCGGAGGAGCUGGGCAUGAUGAGCAUCCAGGGACCCCUGAGCCGCGUCGUCCUCCAAGAAGUGCUCGACACCGACCUCAGCAACGAAGCUUUCCCCUUCUCCACGCACAAACUUGCCACGGCUGCAGGAUGCACGGUCCGUGCCAUGAGGUUGUCGUUCGUCGGUGAGAUGGGCUGGGAGCUGCACGUGCCCAAGGCGGAUUGCGUGAAGGUUUACCAGGCGGUGAUGCAGGCGGGUGCCCGGCACGGCAUUACCAACGCUGGCUACAGAGCCAUCGACAGCCUCAGCAUCGAGAAAGGGUACAGGCACUGGCACGCAGACCUGCGCCCUGACGAUACCCCGCUAGAAGCAGGCUUAGCCUUCACCUGCAAGCUCAAGUCCGGCAUCCCCUUCCUGGGCCGGGAGGCUGUGGAGGUUCAGAAAGCCAAGGGCAUCUUCCGCCGCCUCGUCUGCUUCACCACCGAGGAGAAGGUGCCGAUGUUUGGCCUGGAGGCGGUCUGGCGGGACGGCAACCGUCGGGCAGACUUCGGAUUUGCCAUCGACAAAACCAUCGCCUACGGCUACAUCCGUGACCCCGCAGGGGGCCCG